CCAACCAAACAAAAUAACCGGCCUGUCAUAACAAACAAAACUCUGUGUGACAGCCAAUUCGCACAAUGACCUUUAAGCGACAUUGAAGAAAAAAAAACUUAUCAGUUUAGUUGGAGAGAGUAUCAGUGGGAGUUUAUACUUGGACAACUGUUCGGUAGCUUUUUGGAUUUUUUGUUCCAAAUCUCAGGUCAGACAAUCACUUUUGUGAAUUUCAUUUUCAUUCUGCUGUUAGUCGAUAAAGUGCGAGUGUUAUUAUCUUGGAGAAUGGCUCUUAGUGCAUCAACUGUUAAAACAACCCCAUUCGAAGGCCAAAAACCUGGAACCAGUGGUCUUCGUAAAAAAGUUAAAGUAUUUGUUGAACCAAAUUAUACAGAGAACUUUAUUCAGUGCAUCCUUGAUGCCAAUGGAAGCGCUAUCAAUGGUUCGCUGUUGGUUGUCGGAGGUGAUGGACGUUACUAUUGUAAAAAGGCAACUGAAAUUAUUGUCCGCAUGUGUGCCGCCAAUGGAGUUUCAAGGUUGUUAGUUGGUCAAAAUGGAAUUUUGUCAACGCCUGCCGUUUCAAGUUUAAUUCGCCAUAACAAGGCUUUGGGUGGCAUUGUACUAACUGCUUCUCACAACCCCGGUGGUCCCGAAAAUGAUUUUGGAAUCAAAUUCAACUGCGAAAAUGGAGGUCCAGCUCCUGACGCCUUUACCAACAAGAUCUAUGAUCUAUCAACUGCCAUUAAAGAGUACAAAAUUGUAGCUGGUCUACAAAUUGAUAUAAGCAAACCUGGAACUAGUACAUUUGAUAUCAAUGGUAAACCAUUUGUUGUUGACGUCAUUGAUUCCGUGUCAAAUUACGUCAAUCAUAUGAAAGAAAUCUUUGAUUUCGCCAAACUGCGUGAUUAUGUUAGUGGAAAGUCAACAGGCAAACCACUUAAAAUGCGUAUUGACUCAAUGAAUGGAGUUACUGGAUCUUAUGUGCGCGAAAUCUUCCUCACCAACUUGGGUGCUUCUGAAGAUUGUGUAGUACAUACAACACCUCUUGAAGAUUUUGGUGGUCUUCAUCCAGAUCCAAAUUUGACUUAUGCCAAGGAUUUGGUCGAAACUGUUUCAAAGGGUGACUAUGAUAUUGGUGCUGCUUUUGAUGGUGAUGGUGAUCGUAACAUGAUUAUUGGUAACAAAGCCUUCUUUGUGACACCCAGUGACUCGCUAGCCGUUAUCGCUCACUACUUGGAAUGCAUCCCAUAUUUCCAAAAGAAUGGUGUUCAAGGAUUCGCUCGCAGUAUGCCAACUGCUUCAGCUGUCGACUUGGUCGGAGCCAAAUUGGGCAAAGAGGUAUUCGAAGUCCCAACCGGAUGGAAGUACUUUGGUAACCUAAUGGAUGCCGGUCGGUUAUGUUUGUGUGGUGAAGAGAGUUUUGGUACUGGAUCAAAUCAUAUCCGUGAGAAGGAUGGAAUCUGGGCUGUAUUAGCUUGGUUAUCAGUGAUGCAACACACUGGAAAGGGAAUCGAGGAGAUUCUUAAGAACCACUGGUCAAUUUAUGGUCGUAACUACUUUACUCGUUACGAUUACGAAGAAUGUGAUUUGGAUCCUUGCAAUCAAAUGAUGGCAGCUAUGGAAAAGAAUAUUACUAACCCAGCAUUUGCUGGAAAAUCCUACUCCAGUGGUGGCAAAACUUACAAGGUUAAGGUUGCUGAUAACUUCAGCUAUACCGAUCCAGUGGAUAAAUCUGUGUCAACAAAACAAGGUUUGAGGAUAGUUUUUGAAGACGGUAGUCGUAUUGUGAUGCGUUUGAGUGGAACUGGAAGUUCUGGUGCUACUGUUAGAUUGUAUAUUGAUUCAUAUGAAAAAGACAACGUUUUGGGUAAAGCAAGUGAAAUGUUAAAGCCACUCAUUGAUAUUGCAUUGGAGAUUUCUGAACUUCCUAAAUUUACCGGACGUAAUGCACCAACUGUUAUUACAUAAAGAAAGUCCAACUUUUAUGAUAGCUCCUACAAAUAUUCUACCUCAAAGUUUUUGGCCUUAGAGGUUUUGUUAUUAUUAUUAUUAUUUUUUUUUAAUUUCCCUUUUGCAUUUGUUCUCUCCUGUGAGGUUGGUUUAAAUGUUAUCUAAUCAGAUUUAUUGAAAAUAAAUAUAUCAUUAAUUCUGUAUUGUUA